AUGUAUGUCGCCAAUGAGGGUAGUCGCAGGUGGGAAACUGGUAGAACCGGCGAUCACGGCACUAGCACAACUAUCCAUAAUGCACAAUUCGACAAUCCCAUGUCUCGACAAGUUCUCGAGGGCACAGCAAGGCCCGAGGGUAACCUAGCGGGCUGUAGUUCGGAUCUCGGUCUCGGCUGUCUACAGCUUGAGGCCACUCUACCCGCGGAACUGGCCGGCGACGUCAUCGAGGGGCUCUUGGGUUUCGACAUCUCCACUGUGGGUCAAGUUCGUGAGUUUUUGGCGGCCGCCAGACCAGGCGUGACCGACACGGCUUGGAGGCUGGUCACCGCUCACGAUGUCUUGCGGACGGCCCAUUUAGGGCAGGGUGUGAGGAUAGAAUCAUUUAACAGCGAGCAUGGGGAUUCCUUGAACCACGCGGCUCGAUCACGAUCGUCUGGUCUCCAGUGCUAUCAAGACACCUUUGGCAGUAGGAAGCCCGCUGACAGUUGCGUGUGUGAACUUCUUCCAGCUGGUUUUCCGGAAGGGCUAUGUCCCUUAAUUAAAUACAGAGUUCGUGAGAAGGAGUCCCAAACAUGA